UUAACGGGUCGGGCCGAACCCGUGAACCCGUUUUGAGAGAACUAGCCAAUGGCUUGCAAAGCAAGGAUCGUGGAGAAGCGGGGGAGAAUCAUGGAAGCUUCUCUAGGGCUUUCGCUCUAAACCAUUCUAUAUCUUCGCCUUUCCUUCUUGACUUCCAAUGAGGGACUCUCUCUUGGAAUCGAGGUUGUUAUUGAUCUUUGGAUUGAAUCUCACUGACGCUUUCUUGUUUAGGAUCACGCUGUGGAUCUUGGCAAAAGUUAUUGUUUUGCAAAGGAAUUCUAUUGAAUUAGCUCAAUGAGAAUGCCAUCCUUUUUCUCUCAGUGCUUCCCAAGCUUGAGGGCACAUGAAAAGGGCUGCUCAUCGUGUUUUCAUAAUUCCUGAUAGGGAGAACCGUCAUUCCACUCCAGCUGUUGAAGUUCUCCCUUCAAAGAUUGCUCAUCCAUACAAGUAUGCUGGGGAGAAUGUUGAUCUGCAGGGCCUUAACAUUUUCAAGGGAAAAUAUAGUGUGGCUGAUAUCAUCGGGUUUUCUAGCUCCGAGACAAUAUGCUCAAAAUCAGAUGGUUCCUUUAAGUCAUGGGAGGGCCCAAUUGAUCUUGUAAACGUUCUUAAGCAUGAGAUCCGUGAUGGACAGUUGAGCUUUAGAGGCAAGAGGAUCCUAGAGCUUGGUUGCGGAUAUGGACUUCCUGGGAUUUUUGCCUGUUUGAAGGGAGCUUCAACCAUGCAUUUUCAGGACUUAAGUGCAGAAGCUAUAAGAUGUACUACCAUCCCAAACGUUCUUGCAAACCUCGAGCAGGCUCGGGACAGGCAAAGCGGCCAACAAGAUAGUCAGCUUACCCCAACCAGGCAACAAUUGGCCCCUGAUGUUCAUUUCUAUGCUGGGGACUGGGAAGAACUCCACUCGGUUCUUUCAGUUGUACAAAAGGAAGGGUUUGAACCUGCUGGCAGAAUGAGCAUUAGCUUCUCCGAGGAGGACUUCAUGGAUGGCUGUAGCAGUCAGGAUGGAAGUGUCCUUGGUCAUGAGACUUCCUCUCGGCAGCGGUCGAGGAAGCUCUCUGGAAGCCGUGCUUGGGAACGGGCUAGUGAGACAGACCCUGGAGAUUGUGGAUAUGACAUUAUUUUAAUUACUGAGAUUCCUCACUCCAUCAAUGCUCUACGGAAGUUCUAUGCCCUCAUAACAAAGUGCUUACGACCACCAUAUGGGGUGCUGUAUUUGGCUGCUAAAAAGAACUAUGUUGGUUCCACUAGUGCUGCACGGCAAUUGAAAGCUCUGGUGGAUGAGGGAGGUGUUUUCGGUGCCCAUCUGGUAUCAGAAUUGACGGACAGGGAAGUAUGGAAGUACUUUCUUCAAAUAAGUGCCGAACUAAAUUGGAACUUAUUACCCCAACAUUAUAAUUCUUUAAGGGCCCCUUGUUCCCAGUGUUGUACAUUGCUUCAUCUGGCUCUUCCUCUUUUUCCCUUUCUUUUGAUAAUAAAGUCUAAAGAUCUGAUCAAAUUGUCAAUGAUCUCGGCACAAUGUAACACAGCUAAUAUUUUGUAAAUCUGUGAUUGUUUCUUGAUUGUUAUUUUA